UAACGCCACUCAAGGUGUUCACCCCGCCUUCUGAUCUUAUUUGGGUUGUCGUACUGAUGUUUUGAAGCUUAACUUUUGGUCCAGCGGUGGGAAGGGAAAAUGUUGGGGAUUUUAGGACGUGCUUUGAUUUAGGACGAGGAAAGAGAAGGCUGUUAAGCGCAGCCUUUAAUGCAUGUGUGUGUGAUUUCAACCCCAGAUUAACUGCUCUGGAGUGGAAAGAAAGCAGGGCGGGAUUAGAGGGGCAAAGCUUUGACUUUUAUGUUUAUGUUCCUACGAUGGAUAGAAAGAAUUCCCAAAAGAUCAGACCCAGCGCACUGCGGUCUGGCUGCUUAGUGCGACCCAUUGCACCUACAAAGUUGCCUGGGCGAUACCUCGCCCACCAAAAGUCUUUGCCGCGUCUGCCCGUUCCUCCUCUCCAACAAACUCUUGAACGCUACUUGCUGACAUUGGAGCCUAUCCUCAGUCAGGAGGAGUUAGAACACACUAAACAAAUAGUGAAGGAAUUUGCUGAAAAGGGCGGAGUGGGAGAGAGGCUUCAAGCAAGCUUGGAAAGAAGAGCAAGGAAGACAGAAAAUUGGCUUUCGGAGUGGUGGCUGAGGACCGCUUACCUGGAAUACAGACUUCCUGUGGUAAUUCAUUCCAGUCCCGGCGUGGUAUUGCCAAAACAGGAUUAUCACGAUCGUCAAGGACAGCUCAGAUUCGCUGCCAAAUUGAUCGCUGGUGUGCUGGAUUUUAAAUCCAUGAUUGACAAUGAGACCCUUCCUGUGGAGAGUCUAGGCGGGAGCCCGCUCUGCAUGAACCAGUAUUACCAGAUCCUGUCAUCCUGCAGGAUCCCGGGUCCUAAAAGUGAUUCUUUUGUCAACUAUGCCCAAACUAAAAAACCAACCCAUGUAACAAUUGUGCACAACUUCCAGUUCUUUGAGCUCUUUGUGUAUAACAGCGAUGGUAGCCCCUUAACUGUGGACCAGCUUUACAUGCAAUUGGAGAAGAUCUGGCAUUCCUCACUCCAGACAAACAAAGAGCCAAUUGGGAUCCUUACAACUGGCCAUCGAAACAGCUGGGCAAAUGCAUACAACACGCUAAUCAAAGAUAAGGUUAACAAGGAGUCUGUGAAGUGUAUCCAGCGGAGCAUCUUCACCCUCUGCCUGGAUGCUCCAGUGCCAAAGGUGUCAGACGAACUCUACAUGAGUCACAUUGCGGCACAGAUGUUGCAUGGUGGAGGUAGUCGGUGGAACAGUGGCAACAGGUGGUUUGACAAAACCCUGCAGUUCAUUAUUGGAGAGGAUGGAUCUUGUGGUUUGGUCUAUGAGCAUUCAUCAUCAGAAGGACCUCCUAUUGUUGCUCUAUUGGACCAUGUCUUUGAGUAUUGCAACACCUUGGAGAUGGUUCGUUCUCCUAUGAUUCCAUUGGCCAUGCCUCGGAAGCUCCGUUUCAAUAUCACACCUGACAUAAAGAGGGACAUUGAGAAAGCAAAGCAGAACCUCAACAUGAUGGUGCGUGAUGUGGAUAUAAAAUGCUUUGUGUUCCAGCAUUUUGGGAAAGAAUGCGUGAAGUCCCAGAAGUUGAGCCCAGAUGCGUUUAUCCAGGUUGCUUUGCAGCUGGCUUAUUACAGGAUAUACGGCAUGCAGUGUGCAACCUAUGAAAGUGCGUCCCUGCGGAAGUUUCACCUUGGGCGCACUGACACAAUUCGCUCAGCCUCAGUCGAAUCCUCAGUCUUUGUACAUGCCAUGGAUGACCCACAGGAACAGGAUCACAAUAAAGUGGCCUUGAUGAGAAAAGCUGUCACAGCACACAGAACUUAUACAGACCUGGCAAUAAGAGGCCAAGCAAUUGAUAGACAUCUAUUGGGCCUUAAACUUCAGGCGAUAGAAGAGCUGGUUCGAGUCCCAGAGAUAUUCAUGGACACAUCCUAUGCUGCUGCCUUUCAUUUCAAUUUAUCAAGCAGCCAGGUUCCUGCGAAGACAGAUUGCCUGAUGUGCUUUGGGCCUGUGGUGCCAGAUGGUUAUGGCGUGUGCUACAAUCCUAUGGACAACCACAUCAACUUCGCGGUAUCUGCUUUCAACAGCUGUGCAGAGACUAAUGCAGCAAAGCUCGCCCACUACUUGGAGCAGGCACUAGUUGAUGCAAGGGAUCUGCUCAUGCGGACACAUGGCUCAAAACUCUGAAGCAGUAGGGUAUUGAAGUUGAAUGGACUUCAGUUGCCCUUGGCCAUAUAAUCAUUAACUGGCAUCCAGGCAUAAGAUUACCAUUUGAUCAUGAUGUAAGAGUUGGUAUUUGCCAAAUGCUGUCAGGUACCUUUCCAUGGGUACUUAUUGACCAGAAUUAUUUUUUUAAUUGCCUAAAUAUUUCUAGGAAAAUGCUAUUAAUGUUGCUUAGGCUUGUUCAAUCAAUGGAAGUUGCUUGUUUUCAGACUAACUCCAUCCACAAGUGGCUACAAUGGUGCCUUUUCUUCAGUUUCCCUGUUCUGGUGCCUUUCCCUCUGGAAACAUGCAGUUAGACCAUUCAGGCCAUUGAAUCUGCUCAGCCAUUUGAUUAUGGCCAAUUCAUUUUCCUUCUCAAACCCAUUUUCUGCCUUUCCCCCAUGAUCUUCCACACCCUUACUAAUUAAUAGCCUAUCAACCUCCAGUUUAACUGUACCCAAAUUCUUGGCCUCCCCGGCCACGGGGCACUGAACUACGAUUCGCCACCACCUCCUUGUUAUGCAAUGUACUCUCCUUGCAUACUAAUACCUACUGAUACCAUCAAUUUGCAAGCUGGUGAUUAGUAAUUGGGAGUUCAUGUGGCUCCUUCUCAUCUCAGAGACUUACCCAUCUCAUCUAGAUGCUUGUCUCCUGUUCCUAUAUUUGAUGGCCAUUCUCCAGCAAUAAACCUGACUUUUCUGAUCUGAUCCAACUACUUUUGCCAGUUGUAAGUACCAGAUGAAGUUAUUCAACAUAAUUAAAUUGCUGGAAUGCAGAACAGCACAUCUUUGUAUACAAAUAUAGAGUAUUCAAAAUGACUUGGGACUUGUACUCAUGGUCGAUGCUGCAAAUCACCUAGGUAAUCAGUUAUCUGGAAUAUAUACUGUAUUUCAUGCUUUUAAAGAUGAUUUGUAAAAUUAUCUUGUAUUUUAAAUAUUGGCAUUGAAUUGUUGCAGUCAUAAGAAUGCAGGCAGCCUUGUUCGGUGCUAUUGUAAUGAUAUUAGUACAUCAUUAGUUUGCUACCUAUCCUUACUGUACAAUUAAUGCUGCAACUCCAGAUAGCUAGUUAAGGGGUAGAAGAGGAGAUGUGGAAAUCACCAACUCUAUCUUGCCCAAAGUGCUUGCAGGCUGUAUUUUUAUACCAACAAGAAUUGAGCUGUAAAACAUUAACUGUAAUGGCCAAGUUUGAUUGAUUUUUGCAUUCUGCAAGACAAUGUACAUUCUGACCUUGCACAAAGGCAUUUAGCCCUUUGAUCUCUGCUGGUUCAAUAUACAUAUCAAAGUAGGUCCAAUGGUAGUGGGCUACUCUUUAAGGGGAAAAUCUGCAAGAGUAUGGGUAAUGGAAAGGGGGUGGAGAGAAAGUAGCUGAAUGAAUUUUAGCUACUAUAAAGUACCAUUUCUUUAGUUUUUUUAAAAAAUGGGGAUGUUUGUUUUGUAGCUGCUUGUAAGGAGGCGUACAAUGUUGUAAAUAGUAUACAUACUUCAAUAACAAAUGUACUUUGAACUUUUUGUACUUAGUUACUAAGCUAAUGGUUGAAUUUAAGCGAUUGCUUCUUAACUCAUUAGGAAAAUGACACUAGACAAUGGGCUACAAGUUAUUUAUUCUAUAAAUAUGCAUGAAAUAGGACUGCCAAGAGCAUCCAUGCCUGUUUAAUGCUGACAAUGUAUUUAAUUCACUUGCCUGAUAGCUGUUUUUACUAAAAUACCACAUACCAGUUCAUGCACUAAAUGAUAAUAGUUAAAUGGAAUGGAGGGUUGCUUUCCUAAGAAUUUGCAGUUUCUAAUCAAAGGCUUUGUGCUUAGGUAAAUCUAGGGAGGGACAAAGUGCCUUAUUGUCUCUGAAGUAGAGAGCAGAAGCGAGUUACUUACACCACAAUUACCCAAAGGACCUACGUAAAAAUAAAGUAACAUUGCUAGGUGGCCAAGAAAAAAGUUGCAAGGUUCUAAAUAUAGAAAAAUUACAAUUACACAAAUUGCUUUUGGUAUAUUUUAAAAGGUGUAGUUUGAGGUGGCUACUAGAUACUUUAUGUAUCUUUUAAGUUUGGUCAUCUCUAAACUUCAGCAAUAUUUACAGAAUUGUGCUAUUUCUGCUGCAAUCAAAAGCAGCGACUUUAAAGCAAAUCUAUUUGACAUCAGUCUUUCACAAGUCAGUGAUUAAAACUAGAAAUCUUGCUGUGAAGGUGUUCAGUUUCAAUUAUGAUGCCUACUAUUAAUUUUUGUCACCCAGCACUUCAGUAAAAAUAAGAGAUAAUUAAAACACCACAGGUCAGGUACUAGCUGGAAACAGAUAAAUUAACUUUCAACAGAAUCAGCAUUUGAAAUAGCAAGUUUCUUGCCACACUUGGUCUGAUCAUUAACAGCAUUUGUCUUAAUUUCAUAUUUCUAGUAUCUGCUAUUAAAAUACAAAUAGAGUUGACUGUUCAUUGACAAAACACUGUUGGUGCUCCAUUUAGAUUCAUUGCUUUUGUGAAAAUAUUAAACUGUGGUCAGCUCUAUUACUCCAAUUAAAGAUUUGAGCAAGAUUAAAAUUGACAGGAGUGGAAAACAAACUGGUGUUCAGUGCCUCCUGCCCUCUCUUGCUACUUCCGUUGGGCAGGAGGUGCAGGUUUUGGUUUCCACAUAGCCAGAUUUGGGCGCAGUUGUUGCCCUGGACAGGCUUAGGGGAACUCAUCUGUGGAGAUGUUCCAUGUGUUUUUCUUUAUUUUAUUUUACUAUUUGUGCAAUUUGAUUAAGAUGCCAAGACCAAUAGAUGAACCGGUGUUCAGCUUGCUACCCUAUGAGGUUUACUCACUUCAGCACUGAAGGCACUGUGGCUUGCCGUCAUCGGCACUCAACUCAGCGCUGAACAUGGGUGUCUAUGGCCAGCAGCCCCGCGGUUGCUGAACUGGCUCCAUGGCUGUGGACUCAAGCGGGAUUCUGGUCAAUAUUCUAUGUGUUACUUGUUUACUUUUGUUUGCACACAAUUUGUCCCCCCCCCCCACACCUCCCACACACAUGGUGUUUAAUGGUCUUUAUUUUUUUUAAAUCUAUUCUAUUGCUUUUGUUUUGUGGCUGCUUGCAAGACAAAUCUCUUGUAUACAGUAUACUAUAUACUUUGAAGCUAUUGGCCCCUAAUGCUUUUAGUAUUUACUUCAUAAAUAUGUCAUUGCCAAUAUACUUAGACAUUGUGUUUGUGAAUAUAAUAAAAUCUUUAGAAGGUGCAU